CCUGAUAUGAGUUCUCCAGCCAAGUGGACUGAGCAAAUUAAAAGACUCCAUAGCGAUCACGCCUUUGACCUUUUCUCUUUCAAAUUCAAUUCCUUCCCCUUAAUAAACUCUCCCCGAUUUCUCCUCUCUCCACCUCCUCCCUCCUCUAUGCUUCCAUAGCUCUCCUUCGAGCUCGUUCUGGUUCGCUUUUUCAUUCUUCUUCGUUCUUUUAUGACCUUCUUCCCCUUGAAAUCGGUUCCAGUUCUUUCGUAUAAUGGAGUUAUCGGGUAAAAUUAACGGUCAUAUUCCCUCAGGAGGAGGAAAAUUUGAAGUAAGAAACUGUAACGAUAAUCACGCAGGAGAUAGCGGCUUUGAUGGCGAGAUCGAGAUCAAAGAUAGAAACUUUAACGGCGAUCGACAAUUAAAUGGAGAAAAAGUUGGAGAUCAUGUUAUGAAUUCUUCAAGAACUUCGAUGGAUGAUAUGUCUGAAAUUGAGAUUGAGAAAAGAGAGAUUUUUGUGAAAGAAGACAGAAGCAAUUCGAAUGAAGCAGAUGGAACAGAGACUCGAGACGGAGGUCAUGAUUUUUCUGAUGCGAAUGAAGCCAUUAAUCUUAAUGGAGAUUCGCAACUUAUCCGACCUCUCUCGCAUCUUCCGCAGCCAGAACGUCCACCAGGGAUGUUGAAAUCCUCAAUAGAAGAGUUUAAUCAAAUUCAGAGAUCACAGUCCCUGUCCGGGAACUUCUCCAAAUACUUUCGGGAUAGGAGCAACAGUUUCUCGUCUGCAAUUUUAAAUCGCUUCUCGUCUACGAAAGAAACAGAGAAUCGAAAACCAAUCAACAACGAUUCCUCUGUGACUCAAAUCAAUCUUUCGGGACUCAAAGUGAUUGUCCAGAUGAAGAAGGAAGAGAACAAAGAAAUCAAAAUUAAAGGUAGAAUCAGUUUCUUCUCCAGAUCGAAUUGCAGAGAUUGCACAGCAGUUCGAUUGUUCUUCAGAGAGAAAGGAUUGAAAUUCAAUGAAAUCAACAUCGAUGUUUACCCUACUAGAGAGAAGGAACUGAUCGAGAGGACUGGAAGCUCUAAUGUGCCUCAGAUUUUCUUCAACGAGAAGCUAAUUGGGGGUUUGGUAGCUUUGAAUUCGUUGAGGAACAGUGGAGAGUUGGAGCGGAGAUUGAAGGAGGUGAUGGCGAAGAGAUGCCCUGACGAUGCACCGAGUCCCCCAGUAUAUGGGUUUGAUGAUCCAGACGAGGAACGGACGGACGAGAUGAUUUCAACCGUUAGGGUUUUGAGGCAAAAGUUGCCAAUUCAGGACCGUUUGAUGAAGAUGAAGCUCGUGAAGAACUGUUUCUCUGGGAGCGAGAUGGUCGGAGUGAUUGUGCAGCACCUUGAUUGUGGGAGAAAGAAGGCCGUUGAAAUAGGGAAGGAGCUGGCAAGAAGGCACUUCAUCCAUAACGUAUUCGGGGGAAAUGAUUUUGAGGAUGGCAACCAUUUCUACCGUUUCCUAGAGCACGAACCUUUCAUUCCAAAAUGCUUCAAUUUCAGAGGAUCUACAAAUGACAGUGAACCGAAGCCUGCAGCAGUUGUGAGUCAAAAGCUAACUAAGAUCAUGACUGCCAUUCUUGAGUCAUAUGCCUCUGAAGAUAGGAGCCAUGUUAAUUACAUGGGCAUCAGCAACAGUGAAGAAUUCCGGAGAUACGUAAAUCUGACUCAAGAUCUUCAACGUAUCAACCUCUUAGUGCUCUCAGAAGAAGAGAAGCUCGCCUUCUUCAUGAACCUACACAAUGCUAUGGCAAUCCAUGCUGUGAUUAGGGUAGGGUGUCCUGGAGGAAUUGUUGAUAGGAAAAACUUCUUCUCCGACUUCCAGUAUAUAAUAGGAGGCUACCCUUACUCUCUCACAACCAUUAAGAAUGGUAUUCUAAGAAAUAAUCGGAGAGCACCAUACAACUUGAUCAAACCUUUUGGAGCUGGAGAUAAGCGUUUAGAGGUCGCUAUUUCUAAGGUUAAUCCAUUGAUUCACUUUGGGCUUUGCAAUGGAACAAAGUCAAGCCCCACAGUUCGGUUUUUCACAGCUCAAGGGAUUGAAGUGGAAUUAAGAAGUGCUACAAGGGACUUUUUCCAUGGGAAUGGGAUUGAGGUGGACUUGGAAAAGAGGACAGUACAUUUCUCCAGGAUUAUUAACUGGUUUAGUGCUGAUUUCGGGUCAGAGAAAGAUAUACUCAAGUGGAUCAUCAAUUACAUGGAUUCAAACAAAGCCGGUCUUCUAAUGCAUCUUUUAAGCGAUGAAGGCUCUAUUAAUAUUAUGUACCAAAACUAUGACUGGUCACUAAACAAUUGAUCAUCGUUUGAUUCUACGAUGGAUAUGUGGUAUAUAAAUUACUAUACCAUAAAUGAAAAUUUUUAUAAAUGAGCA